AUGGGAGCCUCACUUCUCGUCCUGGGAGACACCGCAGUGCCAGUCUGCAUUAACCCGGUUCGGGGCCUUGACCAUGAGCGAGCCAUGGGUUUGGGAGAAUGUGGGCUGGUGGAGGAAAAAGGAGGGGCGGAGAGCUGGGGCGGGGCCUACGGGGGCGGCCUGCCGAUGGGCGGGGCCUGGGCGGGCCUGAGGGCGGGGCCUGGGAAAUUCCCGGGCGGAG